CCUCGCGCCGCCGCAACUCCACCGACCCCGGCGAUCGGAGCAUCGCGGCGCAAGAGCAAAGUAGACCUAGCCCAGCAUGGCGGAGCGCGGCGGCGGAGAGAGGGGCGGGGAGCGCGGCGGGUUCGGGCGAGGGUUCGGGCGCGGCGGCCGAGGCGACCGCGGCAGGGGAGGGCGCGGCGGGCGGCGCGGGCCCCGGCAGGAGGAGGAGAAGUGGGUGCCCGUGACCAAGCUGGGGCGGCUCGUGAAGGAGAAAAAGAUCGAGAAGAUCGAGGAGAUCUACCUGCACUCGCUCCCCGUCAAGGAGCACCAGAUCGUGGAGCAGCUCGUGCCGGGGCUCAAGGACGAGGUGAUGAAGAUCACGCCGGUGCAGAAGCAGACCCGCGCCGGGCAGCGCACGAGGUUCAAGGCGUUCGUGGUCGUCGGGGACGGGGACGGCCACGUCGGGCUCGGCGUCAAGUGCGCCAAGGAGGUGGCCACCGCCAUCCGCGGCGCCAUCAUCCUCGCCAAGCUCUCCGUCGUGCCGGUCAGGAGGGGGUACUGGGGGAACAAGAUCGGCAAGCCCCACACCGUGCCGUGCAAGGUCACCGGCAAGUGCGGCUCCGUCACCGUGCGCAUGGUGCCGGCGCCCCGUGGUUCCGGCAUCGUGGCGGCGCGCGUCCCCAAGAAGGUGCUCCAGUUCGCCGGCAUCGAGGAUGUCUUCACCUCGUCGCGCGGCUCCACCAAGACCCUCGGCAACUUCGUCAAGGCCACCUUCGAUUGUCUCAUGAAAACCUAUGGCUUCCUGACUCCUGACUUCUGGAGGGAGACAAUGUUUAUCAGGACUCCGUUCCAGGAGUACACAGACUUCUUGGCGAAGCCAACAAAGGGGCUCUUGAUCGAAGCACCAGCUGAGAAGCUAGAGGCUUAGAAAUUUUGGGAGUAAAAUGCUUAUAAAGAAAUUUUUGCCCUUUUGACAGCAGGAACUGCUUUCUUGCCCUCAACUCAUGUACCAAAAAUCCAAAUUUUGAAUUAUUGAACCUUUAUGCACUACAGAAUGUUUAGGUGCCGUCUCCUCUAUGUUUGCAAUUGCCGUAUUGAAUUAUCUACGAAAGCAGCGAUACACCUGCCGUAUC